AUGGUUCCCUCACCGCGCAAACGCGCCGCACCCAUGACAACAUUCGACACCACAUGGAACGCAACCGACGCCGCAUUCCUCGACCCAAAUGCCUUGCCUGUUGCAAAGAUACCCCGCGGCUGGGAGCGCAAGCAAGAAGUAAAGAGGCUCGGUCAAGGAAAGGAGAAGAAGAUUUGGCGGAGAUUCAACCUCAGGUCGAAUGUCCACAACACAGCACAAGAAGACGACGACGCAGAGGAUGGCGACGAUGAUGAGCAGAAUUCGCGGUCAAGGGCCGUGAAGAGGCGACAACACAUGAGUCCAGAGGCCAUGGAGAAGACUGCAAACAAACUCAAUGGGAAGAAACGCGCGUUCAAGGCGACGCGCUGGGACCGCAGGAAGAGCGUGCUACCAAGGAAGAAAGCUGCCCGUAUUGACGACCCCGCUUUCAUGGCCGAGACCGAAGCAAACGGCGACGACGAGGAAGGCGACAGUCGUGACGUAACUGAAUUCGAAAGUGAAAGCUUUACCGAAACAAACACGACAAGCGGCGCACAAGGAAAUCUACUCACACAACCUCCUUCGCUCAACGAGGACAACCGAGCGACUCUUGACUCCACCAUGGAUGCGCCGACCGUAGACAACAUUCCCGACUACGAAAGCUUAGGCGGGCACCAAGCCAUGGAGCAGCACAUCGACUCUAGACCAACCGAAGACGCUACUCUCGCCAACCUUUUCCGGUCCCCUACCAAGUAUAUUUCAAUCCCCUCGGCGGCGUCUCCGGAAAAGGUCGACUAUCCCAAACUACCUCUCAGUGAUGAUUCUCCAGUCGACUCUCAAGCGGCCACACCACAGAAAUGCAAAGAUGCCGCAGAGGAAGCCAUUGCGCAAGAUGACUUAUCGACGGCUGUGGAAACUCAGAACACUCCGAUACAGUCGGAAGCCACGGCCGAUGUCGCAAGGAGCGAGGCAGAGCAGGAACAGUCCCCGACCAAGUUCGAGGGAACCGAUGCCCUCGCUCAGAUUGAAUACCCGGUGCUACCAUUAGAACAUACCCAGGCCUCGACAACCGCUGACGAAGGCAUGGACGAGGAUGAGGACGCUGGGUUGUCUGAUAUCGAAGUACGCACUGAAGCAGAAGUCAUGGCUGGAGACGACAAUUGCAGUGAACAAGACACGCCGAGCGACUCUGAAGACAAAGAUCCCGAGGGGGAAUUCACAGAGGCUACCUUGCAGCUAGACAUCAUGCGUGAUUACCAGGCAGCGCUGCAAAAGGAUGAGCCAGUUACAGCACCAAAAGCACAGGAACCGGAGGAAGAGCACAGCGCUAAACCUACAGAGGAACCAAAAGAAGACAUGGAAAUGACAGAUGCGCCCAACACCAACGCCAUACGAGAUAUCACUGAUGGACUCACUCUAUCUUUUGCACCUGCUCAACCUCAAUCAUUGGAUUCUAAGCCACGGAAACUUCAUUCGCCUCCACCGCCACCUCGUCCCGAGUCUGGGCCUGACGAUGUCACAAUGACCGUCGCAUUCGAUGACGAUACAGCUGUGUUAAAGGAUUUCCUCAAUCGCGCUGCUGCAAGCAAAGCUGAAAAGGCUGCCAUCAUUACCCACCGAAGAGAGUCGCUACAGAACCGACGAGACUCAGACGUCGUUCGCCAUGCUUUAGCAUCUCCCCGCAAGGCUCUCGAAGAGAAGGAUCCUAAUUCGCCUUCCAAGCACGACAACGAGUUGACGCUUGAUCUAUCACUAACCCCUGCGCUGAGCAUGCCAACAGAGCCUCUACCAUCACCUACACCAGCUCCAGUAGAACAUGAGGAGGACGCAGAAGAGAAGAGCGCACGCUCAUCACGACGAUCAUCACGAACAAAGAAAUCACGUUUACCUGCUCCAGCCUCAACAGGCCCAGCACCAGCACCCAAGAUCGCCAUCCGUCGGGCCGACGGCAACGAGGUUGUAGUUCUCAAGAAAGACGACGCAAAGGUUCUGGCAGACCUGACCCGUACAAACACACGCAAGAACAAGCAAGGUGCUUUUGGAGUCACUCUCCGCCUGAUGAAGCUCAUGAUGGAGGCAUCCAGUCUCCCACCUAUCGACGAUUCGACAAAGGAGCUCGUCGUCGGCAAGAACGUACGGUGGGACGAACAGCUAGCGUACUACCAGGAAAACCCAGACACCGUCGCCAACGCGCUCGCUGAAGCGGAAUCAUUAGCUACACCAGACGAGCUAGGUAUGGGAGACGCUACACCUGAGCCAAAGAAGAAGAGGCCAAAGACGAGCAAGGAUUCCACACCCAAGAUACGAAGAGUGAGGGGACUAGGUUCAACGAACGGGACUCCCGGGAAAGGUCUACUAGCACCUGCAUCACUCCUCCCUGAGACCGUCCAGGAAGAAAAGGACUCCACCGCCGCACCAUCAUCACAACAGCUACCCAAGCCUAAAGCUGGCAAAGUCAAGAAAAUGCCCGUCGCUUCCACUUCCAUCGACAGCGGUCUCUCCUUAAGCUCCGCAGAUACCAAACUCCCCUCCCUCGACGUGACUCCCGUCGGUGUGGCGCUAACGCCGCAGCGCAAGAGCCGUCUCGCUGCACCCAAGAAGGUCGUCCUCCCACAAGCUGCUGCUUCAUCUGCACCUGGCGAAGGCAAGGAGAAUGCGCAGCGGAAGGGUAUACCCACACCAAAAGUCAUCGUACAGGCUACAGGGCCUACUUCGACGGCGGGUAUGGAGUCUGGUCUACCACGCAGGAGGGGCCGGAAGUACUAA